AUGACAGAAGUUGGUGCCGUGGUAGAACUUCUGCCACGGAUUGCGCCUAUACCCACACCAGGUGAUGCGGAUUCGUACCGUCUUCCGCCCGAAAAGGCGCUGCAAGUGCGAGAGCGCUUGUGCCAUGAGCUUCUAAGCGUGGUGCCGCUCUCCUCCCUCUUUCCUUCGAAUGUCGUGCCGACACACGACGAGGCUUGGAAACUGCUAAAGCAAGUAGAAUUUCGUGUGUCGUCUGCCCAGCAACGUGCAGAAGCACUUCUAUUGCAGCAGCAGUCCGACGAUGGCGUGCCUGCGCUCCCAGAGUACUCAAAAAACCGCCGAGGUAUGACCUGUGGCCAUGUGUUCCGGAAAGGCGAGCCUAUCUUCCGGUGUCAUGACUGUUCGUUUGAUGAUACAUGUGUUCAGUGCGUGACAUGCUUCCGUCACUCCAUCCAUGCGCGUGAGAACCACGAUGUGUUGUUCUCUGUCGCAGACGAAGGCGGUGCAUGCUGCGACUGUGGCGACGAAGAGGCUUGGAAGCGUGAUCUUGGGUGCGAGUUUCAUAGCUUGCACCCCUAUAACGAGCCUGCCAACGAUACAGUCGCCUCCCAAGGGGAGCAGACUCUCGAGGCGCUGGUCGCUGCAGUGCCUGACGAUGUGCAGCAAUCGCUGCAUGAGUUUAGCUCUUUACUGCUUUCUUUCUUGCUGCAGACGUUCCUCCAUGCGCCGAAGCAAGCGCCGCUCGUGAUGGGCCCUGACGUGGUGGAUGGUGUCAAGCGACAGCCGACUCUUGAACAUGCGUUCCCUGACAAGGGCAAAGCCCGGCAGGAGACCACAGACAAUGACGACGAGGACAAUACACUGGCACCAGCACCGGCGCCUCUUUUUGUCGCAUUGCUGUGGAACGAUGAAAAGCACAGCUUCAAUGAGGUGUCGGACAAGAUCCAGGAAGUAUGCACAACCAUGACGACGCGUGAUGCACGUCACUUUGCCGAACAGGUCGACCGUGUGGGUCGUCAGGUGGUUGCUAUGUCAGAUGAUGUGCGCCGUCUGAUUCUGAUGGCCCGUCGUAUCGGCGUAAUCUAUUUACUGGUAACGGUGCAGCCAGCCUUUGACUUUUACGUCGAAGAAGUGGCUGGUUGUGUGCUGGACUUUGUCGUGGAUAUGGCCAGCUGCUCACUGUAUUCUGGAUCAACAGGUGACGGCCGUGCCAUCAAGGCGCUUCUCACGCAAACCAUGCUGCGCCCAUGGCAUGUGGCGGAAUGGGAAGAGCAGCCUGUCACGAUCCGUCGUGAUUUGUUCGACCCGACCAAGCUCUGUAUGCUUGAUACAUUGUUGCUGCUGGAUACCAAAAUGUGGAAAGGUGCACGUAUGUCGGUGCGUCGUCUACUGAUGGACUUGAUUGCAUGCCGCGAGGCAAAGCGCCAAGUGGCUCAGCGUGUCGCUGCGGUAUACCCACGUCUCAUCGAGACAUUUAUCUUACACGACCGUGAGCCAGAACACUCUAUUUACCACUUAACUGUGCAGCUGUUUAGUGUGCCCAGCAUCGCAACACAGCUGGUGGUAGAGCGUGGCUUGUUGGUCGUGCUCCUCUACGUCUUGCAGGCCCUGUUUGCGAACGAGUCCGAUACACGGAUCACAUCGCUUGUGCUUCCUGCGCCGCUUCCACCGCGGGGGCAGGCGAAUCCAGAUACAGCCUUGUUGCGCCAGCAGAAAUGCUACCAUAUUUUCUAUGACAUCCGCUACUUGCUAGGCGCCAUGGAUGUCCAGCGCGAUAUAGUGGCGCAUUUUGAGACGCAUCUCGCUGCAUGGCUGGAAUUCUUUGCUCUCUUUCACUCCAUUGCCCCGGAUAUUCGGGCUGUUCAUGCCCAUGUCGAGUUUGAGAGUGAGUUGUGGGUGCAAGUGUUCCACAUUAACUCGCAUCUCGGCCGCAUUGCGAAGCUGCUGGGCGAGGCGUUUGUGCAUGCAGACAAUGCCCAAUUAUGCGAGGCCAUUGCGUUUGUCGGCAAGACGAUGCAUACGCACCUUGCACGCCUCAGCUCGCUGGACGAGACUAUGCAUCCUCCCUUCCGCAUGCAUACCGUGCAAGUGGGCUCUACGCACCACCAGGUCUUGGCGUUCCAAGUGGCGUCUGAGCCGGUCAGCUUCCACCAUCCCAUGCAUUGGCUCCUGGCGGAGAUGCUCAAGCAUCUGCAUAUGAAAAGCUGCCGUGAGGAACUUCGCUCUCUUCUUGGUGAAGAGGCGUUGCUUGGUCUUGUCGAGCACCCAUUGCGCGUGACAGUGAAGCUCGCACAGAUCCGCUGCAACUUGUGGGUCCGCAAUGGCUUUGCCAUUCGGUCGCAGGCGUAUCACUAUCGCGACUCGAUGUGGAUGCGUGAUAUCAUGUACGAUCAGGACCUGUUUUUGCAGCAAUGCGGUUUGAUGCUGAUUUCACCUGACCGAUUCCUGGCUACGAUGCUGGAUCGCUUCGAUUUAAUCGAUUGGUUUAGCGGUCGUGCGUGGCUAGGGCACGCGACGUACGACCGCGAUCAAAUGCUAUUCAUGGCGGAAGAGAUGCUUUUCCUGCUGGCCGUUCUCCUCAAUGAGAUCAGUGUACCAGCGCACUGGCCUAUUGAGGCUCAGGUCCGUCGCGAGUUGGUACACUACUUGGCCCUUGGCCCCUGCACGUACUCGGAGCUGACCAAGCAAAUUCCUGAACGCUUUACUGACCAUGGCUGCUUUGACCGUGAGCUUGCGCAAGUGGCUCAUUUCCGUGAGCCGGAUGGUACAGCCGAUCAUGGCAUGUACGAACUCCGGCCGGCUUACCUUGCCGAUGUCCAACCCUUCUUCCACCACUAUUCACGCAACCAACGUGAGAAGGCGGAGCAAAUUCUGUCGGAGAAGCGUGCGCAGGGCAUUACCUUGCCGCUGUACCCUACCAGUCAGCUGCAUGCGCUCACGGAUACGCCCUUUGCGUCCCUGGCAGAUGUCUUCUUGUGCCCGCUCUUUGGCGUGGUUCUCUUCCAUGCCCUGCACAACGCUAGGACGUAUGAAGAGCCACCGGAUACGCUGGUCAACGUCGUUCUGCACUUGUUAGCACAGGGUAUCGAAGAGCGUGGCACACCGUUCAUCGAGUGUUUGUUGCAUGAACGCGAGGUAGAGAUCGGAGCGAACGCCCGCUCAUCCGAGUCUGAGUCCAAGCCCAAGUCGGAAUCUUACAGUUUGCUCUCUCUCCUGCUCACCAUGCAAGCUGAUCAGAAGUGGAAAGCGUACGAAGCGAAACUCCACUACAUUCUUGAUAAGGCUGCGAUUUCUGUCCCCCACGUGGCGGAAGCGGUGGCAAAGGUGCGUGGCCCACCAGCCGAGCCUACCAUCGACGACAAGAAGCGCCAGGCGGCACGCGCACGCCAAGCGGCGAUUCUCAACAAGUUCUCGGCUCAGCAAAAGAGUCUCUUGGCAGAGUUGGACGACGAAUUUAGCGACGAAGACGACGAGGACGAAGGCUUUGGCACGUGCAUUUUGUGUCAAGAACGCCUCGACGCGCAGCGAGCGUUUGGUACGCUGAUGCAUGUGCAAGAAAGUCGGCUGCUUCGUACCUCGGUGCCACGUGAUCAUGCGUCCAUGGACGAUGUCCUGUGUACACCUCUGUCCUGGGCGCCCACGGCGGGCCCGAAUGCAGAGCGGACGCGUGGUACCUAUACGCGCCGAGAAGAGCAUGUCACACUGGGCUACCCUGCCUCGGCUCAUCAAACAGGGCUAGUGGCUGUGUCGUGUGGUCAUGCCAUGCAUGUAUCCUGUUUCCACACUUACAUGCAAAGCACGGAGCAGAGGCAUGCGAUGCAAGUGGCACGGAAUCACCCUGAGGACCUGUCUCGAUUUGAGUACGUAUGUCCCCUGUGCAAGUCCCUUGGCAACAUUAUCCUGCCUGGCCCUGGUGCGAGUGCGUUUAGUACGGCGCUGGGCGCGACAUUGUCCCAUGACGAGGCGUUCCACUUUAACGACAUGUCGCUGGGCGAGUGGGUGCGACACAUGAACAUUUCCAUCCUCAAGCUCACACCGGCUCACUCCAAAGUGCAUGCGGACCACCAGGACACUUCGCGUGGCACAGGGUGUUUCCUUCCGUGGCUCAUUGACGGCACCCCGCAGCCCCACAACCCUGACUACGGUGCUGGCGUCUUUGCCGACGACGAAUCCCACAUGCUUCAGCGCUACUUGAAUGUGAUGCAACUCCUCGCAGAUGAAUCGCGCUCUGCCCGAAUGCAUGAUAUGCAGCUGAAUGCCAUGGAUGCCAUUGCAAGUACGACCGAGGCAAUGUACUUGCCUGAUACACUUGUCGGUUAUACAUUAGCCCAAUUGGAAAUUGGUCAGCGUGGGCUGCCUAAGCCUUUCCAUGAGGCCAUUACACCAGCCCAGCUCCAGCUGGUACAGACACUGCUGGAUGCGCUACGUGCCAUGGCCCAUAUCUCCUUGAACGACGAAGCAAGUGUCCUAGACCGGAUGCGCCAAGGUCUAUUGAAGCGCCUGCUGCCGCAUUGGGCCAAUGAACCUGCCGUACGAGCGCCUCUGCUUCUUCGCUCGCCCUUGGGGGUGUUGAUCGAGGCGGCCAUUAUUGCACCACAGGACCUCUUGCAGAUUACGGCGCUAUUGUACUACGUUCAACUUGUGCAAUGCAUCUUUGGCCUUGCACAGCCUGUUAGUCAGCCAGCCAAGCCCAGUGCGAAGGGCGUGGACUUGGACGAAGCGGCCAGCAUUUUCCCCCAUGCACGCUGGUUGGUGACGAGCAUUGUAGGCCUGGUCGGCUACGUCCGUGGCAAUAUGACGCUAGGGUUUGACCAGCUGAACGACCAAGAGCUGGCCAAGGCCUUGUGUGCGUACACCUUUCCCUUCCUCCGCCGUGCAGCCCUGCUGCGACGCGUCGUGGCUGCGCCCAAAGGGGGCGAUGUCAGUCCCCCCUCUCACGAGUCGGAAUACGCCUCGCUUUUGACUGAGCUCCGUAUCCCCACGCCGGCGAUGGCGCUUCCGAUGCAGGGCCAGCCCAAUGAGCUUAUGACAAUGCUCGUGGAAGGUUGGACGAAGCAUGCAUAUGCGCAUCUCGCUCCGCUUUUCCGUCCUCUACCGAUCCACCCAGAAUUGGCUCAUCGCGUACCGAACCUGGUUUUGGAACAUCCCCAUAUAUAUGAGCUAUUGCCUCUGCCUGUGGACCUCACAGAGUUACUACAACAGACGCAGGAGCGCAAGUGCAAGCGUUGCGGCACGUUGCCUCCAACAUUUUCCUUGUGUCUCUUCUGCGGCGAUGUGCUAUGCGAGCAAUCGUAUUGCUGCAGUGACCCAGACGAUGAAUCGCGUGGCGAAUGCAAUCAACACAUGGAACAGUGCGGCGGUCGUGUCAGUUUGCACUUCCGUGUCGGCAGCAACGCGGUUGUGAUGCUGUAUCAAUCCAAUGGCACUUUCGCCUCCUCUCCGUACCUCAACUCACACGGCGAAGUCGACCGAUACCUUCUCAAGGCGCGGCCCCAGCGUUUACACAUGCAGCGGUACGAUGAGCUCCGCAAGCAAUGGCUUACGCACGGCAUCGCAAACAUUGUCACCCGCCGUGUAGAGUCGACUAUUGACCAAGGAGGCUGGAUCACAUUCUAA